AUGAAUGACCAAGAAGACAACAGGCCCGAGGAGCGUUUGGAUGGAGUUGAUCCAAGGAUAUACUUUGGUGCUAUGACGUGCGGAAUGGUAGAGGGUGCUGCUAUCGGGGCCACAAUGGGCACGUGGCUGAGCCCGGUUAUUGGCACCAUAGUUGGAGGAGUGUGCGGUGCGAUUCCCGGGAUGCUGGGCGGUGCAGUUCUGGGAUUCAAAAUCGGAAAACGCGUGAUUUUUACAACUAAUUGCACGGCUUGUGGCAAGGAGUUCAGCGCACGCAAAUGUAUGGGUAAAAUGGAACACGUGAAAUGUGAGAACUGUCGGUAG